AAGCUGAUUUUGCGCAGGUUGGACGUCGUCUGCUGGGUGGCUGCCGCUGCUGGAGUUGACUCUCUAACAUCUGUUUUUUUAAGUUUAUUAAGGCUUCUUCAGUCAAAUACAGAGGAGACAGCAAAAGCAGUGGAGAUUUAAAGAUGAUGUGAGCAAUCUAUCAACCUUGAAGUAGUUAUAUUGUGGUCAGUUCUCAGCCUGGAGAAAAGUUCAACUCCUGCUAUCUCUGUAAUCGGCCGAAGAAAUCUACUGUGUAGGUGAAACAUUUCGACAAAUAAGAUGUCUCCUUGCCCUUCCCCAAAAUCCUGUGAUACUUUUGUAGUCCUGACUGACCUCACCAAAGGUGGUCAUGUUGUUUUUGGAAAGAAUUCUGAUAGACCUAGUGAAGAGGUACAGGAGGUUAUCUACCAGCCACCACUGGAACAUGAAGAAGGCUCAAAGCUUCAGUGCACAUAUAUAGAAAUAGAUCAGGUAGGACAUACUCAUGCAGUGAUACUUAGUAAGCCGUCAUGGAUGUGGGGAGCAGAGAUGGGUGCUAAUGAACAUGGUGUCUGUGUUGGGAAUGAGGCUGUAUGGACCAACCUUCAGAGUGAUGAUGAUAGCAUAGAGCGACUUCUGGGAAUGGACUUAGUGAGAUUGGCUUUGGAGCGCAGCAGUACAGCACAGAUGGCAGUGGAUGUCAUUACUACACUUCUUGAGACGUACAGUCAGGGUGGUCCAUGCUCGGAUGUGGAACCUAGCUUAGUUUAUCACAACAGUUUUCUUAUUGCUGACCAUCAGGAAGCUUGGAUCUUAGAAACUGCUGGCAAUCAUUGGGCUGCUGAACAAAUAAAAAGUGGUUAUAGGAACAUUAGCAAUGCUUUGAGUAUUGGUACCAAAAUAGACAAGAUGAGUGAAGGCAUGAAGGAACUUGCACAAGAGAAAGGUUGGUGGGAUGGUAAUGGGGAUUUUAACUUCUCCGAGGCAUUUUCAUCCGGUGGAGAUUCUUCAGGAGGAAGGAAAGAGAGUGGCGAGCAGCUCUUGGCCAAGCUUACUGAAGGAGGUGACUUUACCUUGACACAAAUGUUUGAGAUCCUACGCAACAAGGAAUCUGGAAUUUGUCGUGGCUUAGAUCACGAUCAUCCUACUGCUGGUAGUAUGGUGUCUGUCAUCAGUCAUGGUUCUGGACGACCCAGUUGCCAUUGGUUCACCGGAACACCUGAUCCUCAGCGUUCAGUGUUUAAGCCAUUCAUCUUCACCAACAAUGUCAAGAUCUCUCCACAUAUCCAGAGCCCCAAGAUUCCUGAUGAGGAGGAUCCUGCAAAGGUUACUCCUCGAUUUUCCAAGAAAGUCAAUAGAAGCCACUUACUGUACCGCCGUCAACAGGCUGCUACUGAGAAUGGUGGGAACAUCGUUGAUACUUUGCGGGACCUUGAGAGAAAGUGUGUUCAAGAAACUGAAGCAUGUCUUCAGAGCUUUGAUCCAGAGAGGUUGUCAGAGAUGGAUGACUUGUUUAAAGAUUGUGUUGAUUCUGAGCUCAAGUUUUAUAAGUAAGAAUUUUUUUUUAACAAUGGCAGCUUCACUAUUACUAAGUCAUUAUGCUACUGAUUAUGAAUUUUAUGUACUGGUUUAAUUUUUGUUUUUCUUUCCUGUUUCAUGGGAGAAAAACAGGUAAUAUUUUUCCAGUGUGUUUCAUUCAUAUUUUACUAAUUACAAUAUUCCUGAGGCCCUGUUGGCCAAUAAAAGAAGGGUGAAUAAUAUGCAAGUUAAAAGGUAGUAAUGCAGUUUUGAAAUAUUACCUAGUGGAUGUAAAUUUUUUGGCAGUUGUGAUCAGGACUAUUGCUUUACUUAUAGGACAUGAGUAUUGACUCAUAAUGAUGGAUUUAACUCCAUAGCCUCAUGAUGAGUUCUUCCAGCAGAUUCCAUAACAUAUGGAUUAAACAAUAAAUUAGUAAACUUUUUUUUAUACUACCAUAAUUUAGUAUACAUAGUCACUGUUAGAAAAGUACCUCAUCAAGAAUUAAAAUGUCUAAUAUAAAUUAGUAAAAUUUAUAUAUCACAAUUAGUCUUAUACAGGUAUUUUUUAAAUUGUAGUUAUUCAUGAGAAAGAUUGCACUAAGUGUACAUGCUGCACACUAAAGUGGACAUAAUUUUUAUUCAGUAUUUAAAAAAAAAAUUUUUUUUUCACUUUUACAAAUUAUUUUUAUUCAUAAAUUUGAAGAAAGUUAAACAUAAAGCAUGUUUUAUUAAAAAAUCUAGAGGAAUUGUAGUUUACUUUUCAUUGCAGUAUCAUGUACUGUACUGUAAAGAAUAAUUCACAACCAUCCCACAGUUAGGAGGCGAAACUUGAGACAGUGUUUUGCUCCGUCUUAACAUUAUCAAGUCACACUCGAUGACAGUCAUGAUAAUGGUCCAGGACGGAAUGAAGGAUCAUCUGAAGUUAACACCUAAGUAUGAGUUAGUGUACUGUACUGUGCAUUCUUUAAAUUUAUUCCGGCGCUAUUUGAACCAUGUGGGCUUAGCUUUUUGAAUAUAUUGUGAAGACUUGAAUGAUCGUUUAUACGUAACUUUCAGAAUAUACUAAUUUUUUUUCUCCUAGGAAUUUUUAUCUAGCCUUGGUAAAUAUGUCAGCUGAAAAUAAUUGUUUUUGGGUGCUUCUUUGCCUUACAAUACAGUAUUUCAGGAAAAUGGCAUCGACACUAUCUGAUGAUAUAUUAAAAGUAUCAUUACAUUGGUGAUUUCAUAACAAUGCUCUGCGAUAAUCAUAUAAUCUUUUCAAAGCAAAGACAUGCAAUAUGAUGUCUCGAGUAUUUUAGCAAUAUUUUCUUUGAUAUUUAAGAUGAAUAAGUAUUUGCCUGUGGCAUCAAGAAUUUCAUAGGCAAUGAUGUAUUUUAAUUCCAGUCUAAUACUGUUACUUCUGAUAAUUGUAAUCUAUUUAGGCUUUAAUUAUUUUUUGUAAUAUUCUACCAAUAUUUUGUAGGAUGAAUAUCAUAAAUGUCUGUAUAGCUUAUUUACAUGUUUAUCACAUUAUGUCAUACUCUACAUUGCUGGAGUUUUACAUGAAUUUUCUGUAUACCAGUUUGUAGGAUCUACAUAUUUUCUAUAUUUUAAUUAUAUUUUCUUUACUAUUUCUUCCCUUUCAUGGAUUUUUUUUUUUUUGGGGGGGGGGGGGGGGAUGAUGCUACUAUAAAGUGGACUACUGUUGAUGGAUGAAAUUAGGAAUCUUACAUAACACUAUCAGAUGCAAUAUCAGGACAUUUAUAGAUGUAAGCAAUGAAACCUAGUAAUAGCAUAUAUGAGGUGGCUAAUCCGUAACUCACACUUAUGACAUAAAAAAGAUGUUACAAAAAAUGUUAGAAGCUGCAUCAGUUAGUUGGCAACCUGUUCUCAAAGUAGAGUUCUUUUUCACACACUUUACAGCAAAUUGGUUUCUGCACUCUAAAGAGCAUCAAAAAUUAUGUACUGUACUGUAUUGUUUAUCCUUUAAAUAAAGAUAGGUGAACAAAGCCAAAAUUAAUCUAUACGUGCAUGUAGCCACCAAUAAUGAAAUAAAUGAGAGGCUUAUGUCUGCCAGCUCAGGAUACAUCAGUGCUGCUUGCAGUGUCAGUAAUCACAUACACUAAGUUGGAUGGGAUGUAGUUGGAUAUAGCUUGGUAUGAGCAUUUUUUCACAUUUUUAUGGUAGACCAAUGAAGGUUUUGGUGAUGUUACCUCGAGAUAGUUUCAUCUUUUGUACUGGAAUGUAAAUUUGCCUUAUACUUUUCUUUCACUAAAUAUAUAUUAUAUAAUUAAUAUUUUGAAAAAUGAAAACAUUUUUUAAAUGGGAGGUAGCUGUCAUAAGAGCAUUCAUUGAGAGUUUCAGAUUCUUGAAAGUCUUGCAGAAUCUCACACCUCUUAGUGCCAUUUGCUUGAUUGCACUUUACUUGCCCAAUUGUAUCUUUUACUCCGUUUCAUACCAUACAGUGACUUAUAAUGGAGAAUUACAAGAAACCAGAGCCUGUAGUGCUAUAUACACUUUCAGGAAUUCAGCUGAUGAGCAUGGUCAAGAUAAUUUAUUGUACUAAUCUUUUUAUUUAGUUCAAAUCCUGACUGGUGUGUUUGGAGUGAGACUGUCAUAAAUGAAAGUGAAUGCUUUUAAGUCAUUUCUCUGAAUUUAUUUAUGGUGUGAUUUUCUUAGAUCUAAAGAAACCAAAUAACCAGAUUUGUUUUAAAAUUGGCUGUUCAGUAAGGCUCAGACACUACAACAUUCUUCGAUAUAUUAUCCUUAGUGUAACAUAGUGAAUAUAAUUUAGAAGGUAGAAAUCUUAAGCCAUCAGUUUUAUAAUUGUAUUGGAAAUAUAAGUAAUAAAACAAAUCAGUGCUUGAAGUUCUAGUCUUUUGAAGUCUUCAGUAAUGGGUGUGUUAAUAUAUAGGUUAAUAAUUUUCACCUGCAUGAUGAAAUCACUCAAUGAUCAGGCAUAUACUCUAUCCAUUAACAUUUAAGUGCUUACAGUACUUGCAGAGAGGGAGUAAUUAUUUUUAAAAUUGAAUGAGUGGAAUUCUCUCUCUAAUGACCAAAAUUGAUUUAAGGUAUAUUAGUCAUUAUAGAGAAUACAAGGGUGGCUUUCUGGCUUACCUCAAAUUACUCUUAGUAUGGUCUCUGCUGCAUGUAAUCAAUUGAUCUUGCUUGAAAAUUUUUGUAGUGUUGGAGAAGGCUAGAGUUCAAUUGCUGUAUUACUAACGGUGAAUCAUAAGUUGGUUCUUAGCAUUUGUUAUAAAACCUAGUUCUGUCAUGCAUUGGUUUAGUUCGUGUACUGUACAUUUUGUUAUUCACCUUGUCCAAAGAAAUCCACUAAAAGUUGAUCAACAGAUAUGCUAAGACCCAACUUGGUUAAGCACAGCUCAUUACCAUUUAUUUCUUUAAAUGGCCAUAAGCCGCUUAUUACUUUCUGAAAUUUGAGGUUCUCCUGCCAGGUUUUAUGUAAUUUUCUUUUUUAUAAAACUUACCACAGUUGAAAUGAGGGACUUAUCAUUUUAUUUUAGAACUCUUUUACUAUAGAACAGAUGUAAAAAGAAUUCUUCCAAAUUUUAUUUGGACUUACCAGUUUUGUAGAUGCUUUUUGAACUGAAAUUAUUUUCCAAAUCUGAGAGAUUUUUGAAUACUGUAAUAGAGCUCAAAUAAGAAAAAUUUGAGUAUUCUUUUACAAUAAAAUCUAAUAAAGGAUGCUUGGUAGGUGAACCCUUUUAUUUUUAAGUACAGUAUUUUUAAGCAUGGUAUUGAAUUCUAAGUUAUUAAACAAAUUGUUUGAUCCUCAAAAUUUAGCACUAAAUCCCUAUGCACUACUGCUGUCAAGGACAUGUCCAGUUCCCAAAACUGUAGUAGGAGUCACCACUUCACUACCUAUCCUUAAUAAAAGUCUGCAAAUUCUAAA